ACAAUUAAUUAAGUGAGCCUAUGGCAUUCAUUAUAACAUAAUUAUUCAAGUAUCUGUGUAGUUUGGCCUUAAGAACAGGAAAGUAAAUAGUUGUGACGAGUACACAUAUUUUUUAUAUUAGUUCGUUUGCAAUUAAUUUUAUGGCAGUAGUGAACUCCACCAUUUUAAGUUUAUAACUGUGCGUGAAUUAACGUUUUGUGAUCGAGUUAAUUCGACGGAUUAUUUAUUUAGAAUCACUCUUUUGAUAAUGACAAACAAGAAGAAACCAAACAAUAUUAUGUGUCAAGAGUCUAUGUCCACGGGUAAACGUGUGACCUUCGUAGUGAUUGGGUUGUUCCUUAUAGUUAUAGCAAUCGUGUCCUUUCUCAUAGAUCCGGUACACAUAAUUAUGAGAUAUAAAACAAGAAUAAGUAAAGACUCGAUGCUCUACGAUGUACUGCAGAAGCCAAAUCUUCCAGGGGCAUACGUGCAGGCUUACCUCUUCAAUAUCACUAACGCUGAUCUGUUUCUAGCGGGAAUCGAUACUAAGUUGAAGGUUGAAGAAGUCGGACCAUUUACAUACCAGGAAUAUCGUACAAAUGCUGAUUUCGAGUUGGAUGAAGAACUGGGAGUAAUGAGGUACUCUCCAAAGCUCUUUCCUCGAUUUGUUCCGGAGAAGUCAGUGGCGGAUCCGAAAGACGUACACCUCACCCUUCCAAACAUUGCCAUGUUGGCUAUAGCAUCAAUGGUGUCCAAAUCUGCAUUUUUAACGCGAGUUGGGUUCAAUAUGCUUGCCAAACAACUGGAGUCCGAACCAAUUCUGAGGAUAUCUGCUCAUGAGUUCCUGUGGGGUUUUGAUGAACCCCUAAUCAACUUUGGUCAUAAGGUCAUGCCUGGUGUCAUCAAAUUCGAGAAAAUGGGAUUAUUAGAUAGACUGUAUGACAUCGACGACUUUAGGUUUGAAGUGGGAUCAACAAAUCAAGAUAAAUUCAAAAUUAAAACCUAUAAUGGUGAAGCUGGACUUACCCAACUCGGCUAUGAUGUCAAACCGUCCCGCUGUAACACCUUCGUAGAUGCAUAUGAGGGUAUCAUAUACCCACCAGACCUCACGGAAGACACACCGCUACGUUUGUACCGCAACGUGUUUUGCCGGAUCUUCAACCUUCAAUAUCGAGACACCAGGACCAUGGACUUUGGCCCAGAGGUCUUCCGCUAUUCCUUCAGUGACGAUUCCUACUCAAAUAAUACAGAUAACAUAUGUCUUUGCAAGAAUGAGGACUGUGUUAAUGGCGUCUCCGAUAUAUCACCAUGUUUCUUCGGUCUAAGUUUUGUGCUGUCAAACGCGCAUUUUUUGAACGCCGACCCCGUACUUUACGAGCGGAUUGAGGGCAUAGAACCUGACGAGGAACUUCAUGGCAGUGAUGUGCUGAUCGAUCCGAAACUUGGCGCAGUCAUGGCUACUAAAUUAACAUUACAAUUGAACGUGCAAGUUGCGAAUGUUAACUUCAACCAAGCUACGAGCCCCUUCUCAGACAUGAUAAUACCUGCAGCGUAUUUCAAAAUCGAACAAGAAGAUCUAGAUGAGAAACGCAAAAGCAACCUGUGGCUUAUCUACGGUAUUUUGCCUCAUGUAAUGCACACCGCAGAGGCUCUCUUUUUUAUCAUAGGCUUUGUUCUACUAGCAGUUGUUUUUAAAUCCUUUCUACCUCCGUUACACAUGGAAAAAAUACAUUUGCGCGAUUUUACGCAAGCACAACCUCUUUUCGAUGAUAAGUACAGAAAAGAUAUUAAAUUAGCUAGUAAUUUAACAUAGAAAAGGGCAAAUGCAAUGACAUUCUACCUAUAAAUACAACUGGUACAGAAAUUAAAAACUAUAGAUCUCUUUACGUAAAUAAGUUUUAUAAUAUUUAUUUUGUAUUUUAUUUUGUUUAUAUAAUUUCGCAAAUUUUAAUCAUCGCCUGUUUUACACAAAUUUUAUUUGUAUUGCUUCCGGCUAGCUAAAGUAGUUGUAUUUUUGUAUUGUACUAUGCUAUGCCAACCGGAAUCUAAUCUAAUAAGUAUACGAUCAGUUCCUUUUCUAUCUGUGUCUUUUUGUGUGAUUAUUUUGAUAUAAUCAACCGUUUAAGACCAAGUCAUUAAAUGUUAUUUUGUAAAUAAA